AUGGACAACUCAGCCUUGCUGGCCCAAGAUGGCAACGAACCCCACAACAACACAGCGCACGAUAUACAAACAAACAUCGAACCUCCCAGAAGAACUUCAUCAGCACACAGUCCUCUAUCUCAACCCCACCGACCAAAUCCACCAUCAAGCGCAGCAACAACCGCUUUCGACAGGCCGUACGACCCACCUGAAAUCCGCACACACGAUACCGACAGCGACAUUGCGCUGCAACAACUAGACGAACCUCUCCACCAAGGCUACACCGAGUCGCCUAUCCAGUACAAAGACGAUUAUGGCUAUCUUGGCGCCGGACACGGGUCCACCUUCGAUAGCGACACGCGUAGCCUACUAUCUGCAAAGCAUUACGACCACCACGAAUCGCGCAAAUUCCUCCUGAAAACGGGCGCAUACCGAUUCAUGAUUACGCUAGGCUUCAGCGUCGCCAUCGGACUGUGUUUGAAAGCCUACGAGGGCUUCCGCGAGCCGCUCAUCAUGAGCAAGAUACAGGUGCGCUACUUCAACGCCAUCAUGCUCGGCCUAUCGCUCGGGCUCGGUUUGAACCUUGCGAGUUCGCUGAAGAGAUAUGCGGUGAUUUUACGAUGGUAUCUGCUGGCUAGGCGAUAUGUGAGCUUGGAGGUGUUCGAUCUAAUCCUAGGUCUGGAAACGCUCACAAAGGUGGGAAAGUUGAUGAUUAUUUCGCUGCCUGGGAUCCGGAAGGUGAAGUUCUUGAGCAAGCUGCCUUGGUUUCGGGAGGCAAUUGCGAAUCUGCAGACUUGGAGUUUAUAUACAGGUGACGAGGGAUGGUCGCCGAACAUUACGUCCAUGGAAUCUGCAUCCAGCGCAGGAACGGAAGCCAGUGUAUAUCCGGAGUUUGCGCUGAAUGCGGAAUCUCAGACAGACCUGUCGAGCCUUCCAGGAACGCCACUAUACCACGACAAUGGCACGAAUGUAUAUGAAUACCGAUUCUACAAUCGGAAUCCGGCGCACCAGUUCCAGAACUACAUUGUUUCGGGGAGGAAGAUACGAGCGACCGCGUCGUGCAAAAUGCUCGAUAUACAGGGCACACCACAAUGGACAGACAAUGGCAACGAUACCGACUACCAGUACAUCAUGGGCAAGGAAGAUGGAAAGGACUGGGACAUGUACUGGCUCCCUGAAUACACCAAUGGCGGCUGCCUCAACUGGAUAGGUUCAACGUGGGAGGGUUGCGGCCCUCGUUGCACAAACCUCACCAUCUACCAAGAAGCCACAUCAGACAAUUCAAACAUCUCGAAGUCCUCGCUCUUCCUCUGCAACUCCACCGUUUCCGAGGUCGAAGGCGAUUCACCCGAGUUCCAAAAUCUCUCCGACGAAGACAAAAAGCAUCUUCACGGCACGGACGAGUUUGCUAGAAUCGCGGCUGGAUCCAUCGCCUGGACGGGCUGGUUCCCAGCAGACUACAGCGACAGACAGAUCAGGAGCUACCUGCGCGGUAGCAAGUGGAGUCCGAAUAAGACCGUAACCGCGGGCGACGUAGAGGAGCUGUUGGCGCGGUACACGAUCGGCUCGAUAGCUGCUUUUGACGACCACGGCCUCCGCUACGAAGUCGCGAACCAGAACGCGGUGCCAACGCAAGGCCAACAGCUGAACGUCGACUGGCCCUACAUUCUUGGUCUGCUGGGCGGCAUCUGUCUCAUCCAGUUUGCGGCGCUCAUCUGUCUUUUGGCCUUCGGCAACAAGUCGGUUGUUCGGGAUGAAAGCUUCAUGAGCAUGGCUAUGUUGCUGAAGCCGGUUAUGGAUCGUAUACCGGGCAAGACGGGAAUGAACAUGAGUGGUGAAGAAAUUAAGAACCAUCCCAAGCUGCUGUGGAAGAGGAUACGGUACGAUUACCGAGAGGGGAAAACCGGGGAACCCAAUCAAGUGGAUAUAUUCUUUCAGGGGAGGGACGACGCGGAGAGUCGAAGGAGUUGGGCACCGGGAGUGUACAGUUGA